UGCUCUGUCUCUGUCUCUCUCUAGCUGUAGCUAUGGGUAUAAAAACCCUUCACUGUGAACACGUUUGUCUUCUCUUUCCUGUCCUUGUUUUCUUGAAACUUGUUGAUUGAUGAUUGGAUUAUUUAUGCUAAUUAAUGAUAUAAUUUAUGAAGAUGCUGAUAAAAGGCUUGAUCUUGAGUAGGCAGUGAUCGGUUGCCGCCGGAAGAAGCAUGACGAAGAAAGCUGCCGCCGUCUCUCCGGUACUAGUGCGCCAUGUUAUCUGGUUAGGCUGGAAACUCGUCGUCUUCCUAUCCUUCGCUCUUUGCUUCAUCGCUCUCCUCCGCCUCCAUUUCUACCCCGACAUCUCUUCUCCUACUAACUCUCUCUCUCGUACCCGUUGGAGAUCUCGUAUUCCUCGCUAUAACUUUGAUGGUCCCCCUAAGAUCGCUUUUCUCUUCCUGGCCCGCCUCAACCUCCCUCUCGAUUUUCUCUGGGGUAGCUUUUUCGAGAACGCUGACGCAGCCAAUUUCUCCAUUUAUAUACACUCCGCCCCUGGCUUCGUCUUCGACGAGACGACUUCUCGAUCGCAUUUCUUUUAUAACCGGCAAUUGACUGAUAGCAUUCAGGUAGCAUGGGGAGAAUCAAGUAUGAUAGAAGCUGAAAGAUUGUUACUUGCAACUGCUCUACAGGAUCCUGCGAAUCAAAGAUUUGUUCUUCUCUCUGACAGUUGUGUUCCUCUAUACAACUUCAGCUAUAUCUAUAGCUAUCUUAUGGCUUCUUCUAGGAGUUUCGUGGACAGCUUUCUUGAUUUAAAGGAUGGGCGUUACCACCCAAAAAUGGCUCCGGUAGUACCAAGGGACAAGUGGCGAAAAGGAUCUCAGUGGAUCUCUUUGAUAAGGAGCCAUGCUGAAGUCGUUGUAGAUGAUGAGGUUGUUCUUCCAGUUUUUAAGAAAUUCUGCAAGCGACGCCCUGCUGUGGACACCAGUAAAGGAAAGCUGAAUCUUAAACUUCAAAAGCAACACAAUUGUAUCCCAGAUGAACAUUAUGUGCCAACGUUGAUUGCUAUGAGUGAGCUCGAAGGUGACAUAGAACGAAGAACACUGACCUAUACACUGUGGAAUCAAUCUGCUACGAAAAUGGAUAACAAAGCUUGGCAUCCUGUAACAUUCAACUAUGCAGAUGCAAGCCCUAAACGACUCAAAGAAAUAAAGGAUAUAAACCAUGUACACUACGAGAGCGAAGCCCGGAUGGAGUGGUGUCAAACUAACUCUACAUUUGUUCCCUGCUUUUUAUUUGCAAGGAAGUUUUCGCGAGGAGCUGCCAUGCGCCUCUUGAGCGAGGGGGUGGUUGGCCCCUUCGACGCCUCCUUGUUAUUAGGCAAUUCUUAGAGACUGCCAAUUGCAAUUUCUCGCACCACCUAACUCUCAGCUCAUCCGCUUGUAAGAACAAUUAGGGUGGCAAGCAGAAUGCCUGCUAAAAGUUUUGCUGAUGUACAACACUACCGUAUACGCAGAGUAGCUUUUAGUUUCAAAACAGAAUUUCAAGAGUCAUAUAAAAGAGUUGGAAGAUCAAACAUAGUACAGGAGUUGGGUAUCACCAUUGCUAUUGGUGUCCCUAAUUAAAUGACGAGAAAAGUCUGAUUGGUCGUAUAUGUUUACUGGCUAGGAAAAGCUCGACAAUUUUAUUACAUUCUGUAUCAUUAUUUUAGUGUGAUAACUACAUAAUUACAAUAAUUAUUUAUAGUCAUUACAAUGA